AACACACCGCAUAGUCACGCGUGCACCCGUGAUGCCUUCCUCGCCGAUCACAUUGGUUUGUUGAUGGCAGCUUUUGAUACACCCUGGAUCUCCAUGAGCGACCCGCAGCCGUCCGACGAACGCCACGAUGGCUCUCGCGACCGCUCCUUUCCCGAGCCCACCGUAGCUGGCUUCUCGCCGAACAAGUUGACCACCACUCGAAACCGCACUGGAGCUUCAGUGCUCAUCCACCAGAAAUCACCCCUUCUAGCUGCGACUCCACCGCAAGUGACAAGAGCUUUGGCAUAUUCACAUCCUUUCAUACUACCGUUGAAUCAUCUUGCGGGACUGUUAUCAUGGACGACGGGAGAUGCAUGGGAGAGCUUCCUCCUGGUGGCGGCAUUUUGGUUCACAGUACUCUAUGGUGAUGAUGUGCUACGAUGGGCAGGUCCGGUCGUGGUGAUUGUGUUUCUCAUCGCAGGAAUGUACUCUCGAAGAUACAGUCCUCUCUCGAGCACAACAUGGAGUGGUGAAAAGAAGCUUCGACGACGAGCGGACUCGGACUCGCAGCAAAGGAAGAGUUUGGACGAGAUCUUGAAUACUCUUCAGAUGUUCACAAAUCGUUGUGAUGUCCUGCUGGAUCCAUUUCUCCGUCUCACGGAGUUCUUGAGCACACAGACAACCGCAACAUCUGCCUCGACUCGUCCCGCGUUGACCUCAAUGUUCAUACGAUUACUGGCCAUCACGCCAAUUUGGGUGCUGUUGACUCUCCCUCCACUUCGCAUAAUCACCACACACCGUGUCCUCCUCGUACUGGGCACUCUGGGUAUGACCUGGCACAGUCGACCAGCAAGAGCGUCUCGCGUCAUUCUCUGGAGAAGCCGAGCAGUACGCGCGAUCGUAUCGAUCAUCACCGGUCUGCACUUUUCCAAACCUACAUCUGCUACGGACGACAAGAAACCACCGCCACUUCCACCUCGAACACCCGCCGCUCUCGCAAGCGCUCUCAGAGCAAAAGGCAACAAACCCGGCGUACGCUUCACGUUCGCCAUCUACGAAAAUCAACGCCGCUGGAUUAUGCUCGGCUUCACCAGCAACAUGUUCCUCCACGAACGCCAAUCCUGGACCGACGAGCAUCUCAACACCGUGCCCGAGAAAGACAGCUUUGAGCUCCCAGACACCGAUAAUGAUUACACCAAAUGGCGUUGGGUGGAGGGCAGCACAUGGAGGCUAGAUUCCACCUGGACCGACGACUCUCAAAGCGCAAAGGGUGUUCCUCGCGACAAAGACGGCUGGACGUACUACGACAACAAAUGGUGUGGCGGCGGUCGAAUUAAUGACUGGAACAAAUGGACGCGUCGACGGCGAUGGAUCCGCGACGCCGAACUGAUCGAAGCCACGCCGGAGGAGAUUGAAGCUGCCAACGCGGCCGGACAGCUGGAGACACCCAAUCU